AUGACAGAAUCAAUCAUGGUGUCUAAUAACUACGGCUACAAAUCUACCAAGCAAAAAUACACGGCAGGCAUUCGCGACCGCUCCCGCAGCCACGGAUCCUCCAAAUACACAGCAGGCAUCGAAACAAGACAUGAAGACGAGUGCAACAGUUCCUACACUGCCGGUGUGAGGCCUACUCCAGCUCCAGCGCAUGCAAAAGGCUACACCGCAGGCAUUGGUGGAGGCGUUGCUCCAGGAAUAACAGCUGUCAGCAGCUUCCUUUCCCCGAGAACCAGCCACUCGACAUCGUUAUCUGAGAAGUGGUUCCCUAGAACAUGA